ACAUGCGCGGUAGACCGCCUGGGGAAGGUUGCAUCAUCGACACCGGCAUCGAGUAACCAAACUUCCUAAUGUCUUACUAAUUUUACACACCUUGGAGACAUUUUGGGCAGACGUGGCUGUUAUUAAAGGAUUUAUUGGUGACAGUAAGACCGGAAAAUUGUGAUUAAGACGUGUAGAGAAACGCAGGAGUGGUGUUAGAGUGUGGGAAGAGUUGCUGGUGGUAUCUGGUAACGCGCGUGAGUGAGAGUGUGGAGGUCUUGCUGCCAGACAAUCUCGAGUCUUUCUAGUGUGCUGGCAGUGAUCGAGUGGAGUGUGCACCCAUCCUCCCAGCGCCUCGCGUGUUAUUAACCUGCCCGCAUCGCCGUCAGUGUUCCAUCCCUUAUUACAUCACCAUGUCGUGCCCCUUCCUGUCCCGCCUGCCCGGACAGUUUGUGAAGAACUACUGCCGAACCCUGGUGCGGCAGUACGGCGAGAUGUGCCCCGUGGUGACCAACUUCAUGCCGGCCAGGACCUUCACUUCCCUCUCCUCCAACCAAGACUCCGAGGGUGAGAAGAAAUGUCCCUUCCUGCAAGGCCAGAACGUGGUGAAGCAAGCCAGCCGGGAGGUACAGGAGGAUGUGAUUGAUCUCUCCACCAGGGAACAAGGCCCUGCUGGACUAGAAGUGAAACCUAAAGAGGAGAUGAAAUGUCCUUUUUUAGCUUCCCAAGUCAGCCCAGAUCAAAAAGACAAAGACAAAGAGGUGGAAGAGGUGCAAUCAUUCCCAUACAAUGAAUUUUUCCAAGAGCAAAUCUCUAAGAAGAAAGCUGACCAUUCCUACCGUGUGUUCAAGAAGGUGAUUCGCCUGGCAGACCAGUUCCCCAAGGCCAAGGAGUACUCCUAUGGGGAGAAGGACGUCACUGUGUGGUGCUCCAACGACUACCUUGGAAUGUCGCGCCACGAGGAUGUAAGGCGGGCAGUGCGAGCCUCCCUGGAGAAGCAUGGGGCUGGAGCAGGAGGAACUAGAAACAUCUCUGGGAACACCAUUCUGCAUGAGGCUCUGGAGACCAAGCUGGCAUCCAUCCACCAGAAGGAUGCUGCACUGCUUUUCACCUCCUGCUACGUGGCCAAUGAUUCCACCCUCUAUACGCUGGCCAAGGCACUACCAGGUUGCCACAUCUUCUCAGACGAGGGCAACCACGCCUCCAUGAUUCAAGGCAUCCGCAACUCCGGUGCUCCCAAGCACAUCUUCCGUCAUAAUGACCCGGAGCACCUGGAGGAACUGCUGCAGUCCAUAGAUGUCUCCAUCCCCAAGAUUGUGGCCUUUGAGACGGUGCACUCUAUGACGGGUGCCGUGUGUCCCCUCAAUGAGCUGUGUGAUGUUGCUCACAAGUACGGGGCCAUCACCUAUGUGGAUGAGGUGCACGCUGUGGGUCUGUAUGGAGAGAAGGGAGCUGGGAUAGCUGAGAGGGACGGGCUGCACUACAAGAUUGACAUUGUGUCUGGAACUUUAGGCAAGGCUUUCGGGAACAUCGGGGGCUACAUCUCAGGGGAUGGAGCGCUGGUGGACAUGAUCAGGAGCUAUGCAGCUGGCUUCAUCUUCACCACCUCUCUGCCGCCCACCGUGGUGUCUGGGGCACUGGCAGCUGUCACCAUCCUGAGCGGGCCAGAGGGACGGGCCCUGCGAGCCAAGCACCAGGAGGUUGUGAGCUACCUCAGGUCAUUACUAAUAGAAAAAGGGUUGCCAGUGGAGCAUUGUCCUUCCCACAUAAUUCCUAUACAUGUGGGGGAUCCUUUACUGGGCACCAAGAUCUCUGAUGAGCUCAUAAGGAAUUACGGCCACUACGUGCAAGCCAUCAACUACCCCACGGUGCCUCGGGGGCAGGAGAAGCUGCGCAUCGCCCCUACACCCCAGCACACCAGGCCCAUGAUGGACAAGUUUGUGGAGGACCUGCUGAUGGUGUGGAAGGAACUUGAAAUGCCGCUUGGGAACACCACUUGUCCGGAGCAAUGCAUGUUUUGCAAGAAGCCCUUACUGUUCAAAGCACUGGAAGCCCGGGAGUCAUGCAAACCUUCCUGUGACAAGCCGUACUGCCCCCAGCUGGCCAAAUGCUUCUAGCACCAUCACUACUGAGAUGACACAUGAAGACCACACUUUCCAGGGAUGCCACACUGCCCACCACACCCAUCUGGAGAUUGAUGAUGGACUGCGUGAAUGUUGCUUUUAGGUAGAGAUGUGCUUUAAAAAUUCAAGAAUUGUUCUGAAUUCCAAAUUGUACUGAAUUGCAAAAUUCCAUUUAAUUUUUACUUCCUGUAAUGGAAAAUAAUUCCAAUCUAUGAUAUUAAUAGGAUAUAAAGAAAGUAAUAUAUUGCACAGUUUAUAUAUAUAUAUAUAUAAUAAAAAUUUAUCAGAGUAUUUUCAUGCCCUAGUAUGUAUAGUAAAAUAAAUAAAGCAUAGGUGCAGCAA